AUGCGUUUACAGACCAGCUGGCGCUGUGCGCAGGCGAAAGAAUGGAGAGAGAGAGACUUCCCAGGAUUCGGCAUUGACAGGCUGGAGGCUCGGGAAUCCCAACCUGGAGAGUCGAAAGAUAAUGAUAAUAGGGAAAUUAUCCAACCACUCUCGGUGUCGAGCGGACGUCAGAGCCCGGGUACCAUCGCUAGCCCUUCUCAGGAUAAGCAAUCUGUAGCCUGGGAAGAUGAAGAGGUCCUGGAGCAGCGCAUGCAAGAAGGUCAGGUCAGCAAUAUUGGUACACCUAGACUGGCCGGAGUCAACACUCAUACCAGUGGGACCGAAUUUUACGGUAGCUCUUCGAACCUGGCAUUUCUCGCUAGACUAUUUUCAAAAGCUCGCAAACGUGUUACCACGCUAUCUCAUGAUGGCCCCUCUGUCAACGUGAGAAAUGAUGCUUCCUCCGUGCAGGAUGCCACCUCCGAGCUACGCCACCUUAACGACAACAGGUCGUCGCUCGUAGACCUCAUGUACAGUAUUGACUAUCAUUCACCCGUCAACGGAGCAACACGGUCCCAAAAAGACGUUACCAGCACCCCGAAUGCUUCAAUUGGAACUCCAAGCAUCAGAACCAAUCAUUCGACUCCGGGGCAAAUUGGUGCUAACGCACCGCCUAUUGCACCGUCGGUUCCCAGCCUAAUAGCACGGUAUCCGUCGUCGGCUUCGCGUACCCAAUCGAAUGUGGGAAAAAAUUUUGAGACAUUUGAGGUUGAGAAAAUUUUUGUCGACGCAUACUUCCACAAUAAACAUUAUAUUCAUCCUAUGCUCACGGAAAAGUCUUUCAGGGAGAGAUGUGUCCGAGAUAUCUGGACCGACCGGCCGACCGCUUCACCUCUUGGGCGCCGAACGCAAUUUCUGGCACUCUACUACGCCGUCGUGGCGCUCGGAGCUAUUAAUUGUGGCGUCGAACAGACUUCGUCUCUCGCACAAUACUCUCCACCUGAUAAUGAGGAUGAUCGGCCGGGGCCACCAACAACCAAGCGGUCCACAUUGGAAUGGGCCAGUCAUUAUUUUGGACUGGCAAAGCAAACAUUAAGUGACACUAUGGAAAUAUCCUCACUGGAGACGUGCCAAACCUUGUUCUUGAUGACCGUGUUCUGCCAAAAUGCGCUCAAACCACAUGCGUGCUACAUGUACAGUGGUCAUGCUGUGCGAACGGCCAUAGCAAUAGGACUGGCAAACAACUCUCGCAAGACAUGUACAGAAGAGAACAAACGCACAUGGUGGUGCAUCUACUCACAUGAAAUAGAAAUGUGUACCUCGUCCGGACGGCUAGAUUCCCUCAUGCCUCCAGAUCUCUACUCCCUGCCAAUGCCCGAAUGGACGGUUGAUGGCAACGAGAACCCCGAUAUUGCGAUUAUUCGCGUCAUGGUUGACCUCUCUCGCAUUCUCAAGAAAGUCUCUGUGGAUCUCUAUUGCAAUUCGGAAGACCGGCCGAUGAGUGAGCUAUCGCAAAUGGGCCUGAAACUGAAUGAAGAAUUAGCACUCUGGAAAGCGAACCUACCGACUUUUCUGAACUUCGACGUUGAGUCCCUGGAUGAUGCUCUGUGGGCUUACAAGCAGAAGGUGGUCUUGAAAAUGCGAUUCUACAACGCCCGGAUCCUAAUCAACCGACCUUUCAUUGUCGCGUCGUAUCCCGGCCACCAUGUAUCGGAAUUCUCGCAGCAUGUCGAUAUCUGCCUCGACGCGGCACGAAAAACGAUACAAUUGAUCCACAAUGCAUUCAUAAAUAGGAUGUAUCUUCGUACCUGGUGGUAUUGUACGACAUAUACUCUCUACGCCAGCAUGAUCGUUCUGUAUCUCAUACUUGUGGAUUAUCCCACUAUUCGCGGCGAAGAGCUCAUCAGCGACGUUGAGAAAAGCCUGGAAAUUUUCAGCGCCAUGAGACAAGUGGUGGUUGCUCGAAGAUGUGCAGAGCUGACAAAAGAGAUGCUUACGGUGGCCAAGAUACAUCAGCAGGGGCUUCGACAGAGGCAAAAUAUGGGCCAGGAAUGGAUUCCACAAGCAUCCAGCGCACUUGAAACCAGGAAUGACAAUUAUCUGACAACAAUUCUGAACCAGUCAUUGCCCGGUUGGGACAAGGCAGGGGCUCUUGCACAUCUGUAUGAUCCCAGUGUCCUUGAAGACUUUGCUCUCUCGGGGGGUGAAUAUACCGGGUCUGUUGAUGUGAUGAUGGACUUUUCAGCGAAUUUAUGGGAUGACAUAGAACAAACCGGUCCUAUGUGGGGCAUUUUUGAACCCUUUCAGAAAGGUGAUACCAUGGCGGGGAACGAGCAGGCAGGAUGGACUUGA